AUGUAUGAAGUUUUACCGGGUUCCGCUCCCGAGAAUGAAGGCAGCCUUGUGACCGUGAAGGCGGAAGAUCCUACCAGGGAGCAGCCAGGUAACUCACAGGAGGGUGGGGCAUACCCUCAGGAACUCUGCUGCCUGCGAUUUCAGCGGUUCUGUUACCAAGAGGCUCCUGGGCCGCGGGCUCUGGCCCAGCUUCGGGAACUUUGCCAUCAGUGGCUGCGGCCAGAGACCCAUAGUAAGGAGCAGAUCCUGGAGCUGCUGGUGCUGGAGCAGUUCCUGACCAUCCUGCCCAAAGAACAUUGAGCCUGGAUACAGACGUGUCCUCUGCGGAGCGGUGAUGAGGCAGCAACGUUGCUGGCGACUCUAGCCUCGGAGCAUGGAGACCCAGACCCAGGGCAGCAGGCUACUUUCUAUGGUCAGGAACAGGGCAUGCACCUAGUGGUGGCAGAGUAUCCAGGAGCCUCUUUGGAGUAUCAGAGCCUCCGGUUCCUCCAGCCUGGGGUCAGCCCCCUGACAUGUGACCCUCCACACAUCCCCCAAGAGUCUCGCGGUGGAUGCCAGCGGCCUGUCGCCAAGAAGAAAGUUCCAAAGACAGUGCAGCUGCAGAAGGGCCCGAGUCUAACUCACCUAGGCUCCAGAGACUGUGCACCCCGCAUUCCUGGAACUACUACUUUCCCUACUGAGAGGACGGUUUCAAAUUUGAACUCUCUCAGGAAUUGCCACCCUCCCCGUGACUCCUGGGCCAGGAUGUACAUUACGUCUUUGCAGUAUGCGGCGGGAGACGUUAGUCGGAAAGGGAGGGACAAAGACAAGUCUCGGGUGAGUGAGCUGCUUCAAGGCCUUGCAUUUUUUGAUGACUCAGAGGGGGGCAAUGAGCCUGACCUGCAGCCUGAGAGGAAGAAGCCAAAGGCUUCCCGCGACCCAGCGAAGAGCAGGACUAAAAGAGACAUUAGGCCUACCUUUCCGAGCUGGUCGGCGCUGGACUCCGGGCCUCUGAUUCUCAAGACUGAGACGUUGAACCCAGUGGAGCUCUUUGAAUUGUUUUUUGAUGAUGAAACAUUCAACUUGACUGUCAAUGAAACCAAUAAUUAUGCUUCUCAGAAAAAUGUCAACUAGGAAGUCACAGUGCAGGAACUGUGGUGUGUGUUUGGUGUCCUGCUCUGGGGCGGAUUUGUAAGGCAUCCCAGGAGGGGGAUGUAUUGGGAAGUGUCUGAUUCUGAUCAGGCCCUGAUUAGAAAUGCAAUUAGAAGGGACAGAUUUGAGUCGAUUUUCUCACAUCUGCAUUUUGCAGAUAAUAGCCACCUAGAUCAAAAGGAUAAGUUUUCAAAAUUUAGGCCUCUCAUAAGGCAAAUGAAUAAAAAUUUCCUCUUGUACGCCCCCCUAGAAGAAUACUAUUGUUUUGACAAGUCGAUGUGUAAAUGCUUUGAUAGUGACCAAUUUCUGAAUGGAAAGCCUCCAAUUGGCUAUAAAAUGUGGUGUGAUACAACCACAGAAGGCUAUCUGGUUUGGUUUGAGCCAUACCAAGAAGACUCAGCUGUGGAAACAGAUAAGAAGCUGGACCUUGGACUGGGCAGAAAUCUACUAAUGAGCUUUGCUGAUGUCCUUUUGGAGAAAGGUCACCAGCCCUAUCAGCUGUGUUUUGAUAGCUUCUUUACAAGUGUUAAAUUGAUGUCGGCUUUGAAGAAGAAGGGAGAAGCCACAGGAUCAAUCCGUGAAAACAGAAUGGAAAAAUGUCCCCUUACGAAUGUCAGGCAUAUGAAAAAGAUGAACAGGGGGUAUUUUGAUUUCAGGGUGGAAGAAAAUGAUGAUAUAAUGUUAUGCCGUUGGCAUGGUGAUGGCUUCAUCAGUCUGUGUUCAAACGCUGUGGGCAUAGAACCUGUCAGUGAAGAGUGCAGCUGUGAGGAAGAGCUCCUGCAGCUGUGCCAACCAUCCAUAGUGAAAUUGUAUGAGGAAAGCAGGAGAGGUGUGGCUAAAAUGGAUCAAAUUGUUUCCACAUACAGGGUGGGAUUAAGAAGUAAGAAAUGGUACUCGGUUUUGGUGAGUUACAUAAUCGAUGUAGCCAUGAACAAUGCAUGGCAGCUCCACAGAAUCUGUAACCCAGGCUCUCCUUUAGAUCUCCUGGGCUUCUGAAGAUGGGUAGCAUGCUUUUACUUGGGACAUGACAUUAAUCUGACUGAUUUGGGCAGAUAA